UUAAAGGUGUACACUCUCUACUGCAGACUGCAGACAAUCCCAGAGUUUUGAUAAAGUAGAUGUAGAUGUCAUGUAGUGAAAAUAUAGAAUAUUUAUUUUUAUUUAUUGUGCCAAUGGUUUAUUCCUCUUCAGCUACAACCUCGGGAUUACUCAGGUUUAGUUAAAAAUGAAUUUUGAAACUACUCAAACUGUGACGGAAACUCAUGUACAAACUAAUCUAAGAUGGGAUCCAGGAUACAUCAAGUCUAUACCUGGAGCACUCAAGCUAGGAGCAGGGUUAUUGGAUCUGGUUUGUUUGAUCUGUGUUCUCUGCGCAAGUCCUUACUGGAGAGAACAGCCAGUUGGCGAGUGGUAUAUUUUCGUGUGCAUGACAGCAUUUUGGGUGACAAUAAUUCUACUCAUCAUGUACCUACUCCACGCUAUCGAAAAGUUCCACGUGAUCCCGUGGUUGAUGCUAGAGUUUGGAUUCUAUGCUCUCUGGGCGUUCUUCUACUUUACAGCUGCCAUAGCCACGGCAGUUCAGGGUCAACAUAGUGCCGCCCUCGCUGCUGCGGGCUUUUUUGGGUUCGCCGCCAUGUUUGUUUAUGGUGUUGACGCGUUCUUCAAGUUCCGAGGAUGGCGAGCUGGUCAGUUGGCGCAGGGUGAACGGAAGGUCACUAGAACUACAGAAUCUACUGCUCCUUAAACAUUUUACCUGAACACAUAUAGAGUUUAGUUUAGUUAUUAUAAAUCUUGGGAAAAAUAAUACUAACUAAUCAACAAUAUAAAUUUGAACCUUGAAGCUUUUACAAUUCUUCCGUCCAGAAUUUGGACUUUUCUUACAGAACUAUGUGAUAUGUUUGAUAAAUGUAUUCUUUUAUGCACCCAAAAUAUUUAUUUUGAGUUUUUUGAAAAUUUAAUAUGAAUUGCUGAUUUUUUUUGUCAGACACCCUUAAAUAUUUUUUCUGUUCCAAUCAAAUAAUUUUUGAAUUAAAACUUCCUGUUCCGCUAAGCUUAUCAUGUAAAGCAUGCAAUUCAAUAUUUUAAUUAGAUAAAAUUUAAAUACACUAAUUAUGUCAAGCAUGUUUUAUUUUUUGUGGAAUAAAGAUCUAAUUGUGU